AUGAAAGAGCAUAAAUAUUCUAUUAAUAAACUAUCCUCUAGUAAAGUAUCGAAUGAUUCAAGAUCAAAUUACCGUUUACUUAAUAUACCAUGUGGUGUUUGUGGUGAUCGUUCUACUGGAAAGCAUUAUGGAGUAUAUAGUUGUGAUGGAUGUUCUGGAUUUUUUAAAAGAAGUAUUCACAAGAAUCGUUCAUAUAUAUGUAAAGCAAGUGGUAAUUUAAAAGGUAAAUGUACCAUUGAUCGUUAUCAUCGUAAUCAUUGUCGUGCAUGUCGAUUAAAUAAAUGUUUUCUAGCACAAAUGAAUGAAGAAAGUGUUCAACAUGAACGUGGACCAAGAAAACCUAACAACAACAACAACAACAGAAACCCCAACCCCAACCAGAGCAACAACAAUAACCAUAGCAACAAUAAAAAUUUUCUAUCAACAAUAGAAUCUAUAAAUGAUGAUUAUCCAUUAAAUCUUUCGAUGAAUCAUAAACAUUUAAUCACAACUAAUAAUAAUCAUAAUCAUCAUCAUAAUAUUGAUUUCAAUGAUCAAAUAAAAAAUCAAUAUCCAAUCAAUAAAUCAAUAAAAUUAAAUUCAUUCAAUAUGGCAUCAAAUUUUUUAUCUGAAAAAUAUAAUUUAAAAUUAUUUAUUAAAUUAUUAAAUCAUUUUUCAAUAAUAAUAAAUAAUAAUAAUAAUAAAAUAAAUCAAUAUUAUUUCAAUAAUCAAUUCAAAAUUAAUCAAUAUACAAUUAAUAUUGAUCAACCAUAUAAAUAUCCAAAUAAUAUUGAUUAUUUAUUAAAUAAUUGGUUAUUGAUAAUCAAUCAAUAUUUUGGUAUAGUUAACAAUGAAAAGAGUCCAUUGAUAACAGAUUAUUAUUUAAAUUUAUAUAAUAAUAUUCAAGAAGUUCUUUUAUCGAAAAUAAACAAUCCCUUAAUGUCUGUUAAUCAAGACAAUAUUCAUUCAGAUUUAAAUAUAAAUUCAUAUUUAAAGAAUAAAACAAUAAAACAUACUACUCAAAUAAAUUGGAUAAAUUUUAUAAAAUUAAAUGAAUGGAAUAAAACAGAAAUUGGUAUACAGAUUAUAAUGAAUAUGAUUAAAUGGAUAUUGAAUCAUUUCUUAAUUGAUAAUAUAAAUAUAGAAGAUAAUAGAAACAAGAUUGACUUAACUAAUACGAAUUGGAUAUUCUUAUUCUAUAUUCAUGUAAUCGAAUAUAUCAAUCAUAAUUUUGAUGAUAAACAUACAAUUGAAUGUCCUACUCGUAAUGAAAAUCCAAAACUAAAUCAUUUGAAUAAAAGUAAUGAUGUAUUCAUAAAUCCUAUUCUGAGUAAUAUGCUCAAUAUUCAUGAUUCAUUGGAUAUGGGUAUUUCAUUCAUUCAAUAUUUAAUUGACUUUAAUUUAAAUAAAGAAGAAAGUGAAUGUGUAAAGUUUAAAAUAUUUACUGAGAAUAAUUUAGAUCAUAUACAAACUACAGUCAAUCAAUCAAGAACAACAACAACACCGACACCGACACCAACACCAACAAUCUUCUCUACUCAUUUACGUUAUGAUUUAAUAAAUCAUUUUUAUGACCAAUUAAUUCAUUUCAAUAAACAUUGGUUAAAACAAUUAAGUAUUAAAAUAUUUUUCAAAUCUAUCCUAUUACAUAACAAUCAAAAUGAAUUCAUUUUAGAUUAUAUAGUACAAAAUUUAUUUAAUGCAAUUGCUUAUACAAAAUAA